AUGUCACGCCGCCGCGCCGCAGGCUCCGAAAGUGGCUCUGGCUCUUUCAACCUGCGCUGGCAUAGCGUUGUCAACCCGGGAACGCCAAGCGCAGACAUCAUGUCGUCGCCCGAUCCGCUCAACGAUGAGACCCUCGCCGCCGGACUCGUCCUUCCACCAUCGUCGCCCCGCCGUGUCACCCGAAGCAUCACCCGCAGCACCCACUCUCGACGCUUCCUCUCCCGCAGCCGCUCGCCGCGGAAGCAGACGUUUGAGCUGCAGGUUGGGGACACCAGGUCACCCCAGAAGCUUCUCGUCACCGUCGAGACGGACGACGGCUUGCCGCCGUUGAGCAACCCUAGAAGGAAGCUGUUUCAGUCCCCGGCGCCUCCAUCUGCGACGAGACGCCGAGGCCGAGCCGUCACGACGACGGUCCCGCUGCGCGACACCAUAGAAGAAGUGUCGGACGAUCCGUCGGCGACACCGCGACGCAGGGGUCGACCCCGCAAGAACAACGGGACGCCCAUGCCCAGCGCGGCCAAGAAGAGAACUGGCACGCCGCUGAAGCAGAGGACGCCGCGGCGCGCCAAAACCACCGACCGUGACCCCGAACAUGCGCCGUCCGAGCCGAGCGUUGGACCUACCCUGCCAUCCGACGAACGCGCCACCCCGAUCAAGAGUCGCAUGCCCGAAUUGUCGAGCGAGGCCGGAUCCGAAUCAGCGACCCGACGGAACCGAAGAAGAAGUCGGGCCGUCGACCUUGCCGAGCCGGCGGCGGCGAACCCAACCCUGCCGCGACUCCAGCCUAGCCCGCGCUCCGUUGCGCACAGCGACGAUGAGAUGGAACUUAUUGGGGGACCCUGGCAAGAGAACGCACAGCCAGAUGACGAGCUUGCUUCGGACCUCCCGCUGCCCGCCAUGCCGAACGAUGCAACGCCCAAAGCCCCGCCUCCGCGCCGGCAGCUCAGGUCGGCAUCUUUGCGACGAGAAUCGAGCCCCGUCGCGCCGGCCACCGAGCCUCAACCGCCCUCCCCAGACCGUUACCCAGCCUUCCCGCCUUCCCCCUCUACGUCGCACCGGGAUUCCACACCGCCGCGCUCGGGGACGGCCGACGUGCACUCGGACCCGGGGGAAGCGCCGUCCGGCCAUUACCUGGAACUCGCUGCGCCGAGUGACAGGUCCUCCGUCGACGAACCGACACCCCGCAACAACGAUACCAUCGCACAGGGGGAGGAAUUUAGCAUGAUUUUCAUGGACUCGAUCCCCUCCUUGCAAGGCUACUUCAACAGUUCCAUACCCCCCGCCGCUCAUGACGCGCGACGGGAACUGGGAAAAGAGACGGGUCUGAUUGCGAAUGGCGACCUUGAACCUCGGACAGGUCGAUCCUCGUCGAGAGAGGGCGACGCGCUGUCUUUGCCUCAUGCGCCACCAAAGUCACCGCAGAAAGAAGAUGCCCUGCUCGAACGACAGCAGCCGGAUGAUGCGCCGGUGGAUGCGGAAGUGGAACAACAACCUCUCGAGGCAAAUGAGCAUGAAGCUGCUCGGGAUGAACUGGCGUCAGACAUGCACCCAUUGACUCGGCCCGUCGCUGCCAUAUCACCCCGUCGAGACAUGAGCCCGAGGAGGGCGCGAAGCCCGCGCAAGGCGAUUGCUUCCUCCCCCCUUAGACACCGGGUCCUCAAGUUCACCGCACACCGGGCCGAAGACGCAGCUGCUGUUUCCCCGGAAAGGAAGGCGGAGGAUCGAACACCACGAGUGCUUGGAGACUCUGGCCGCCCCGAGGGGGAGGCGCUCAACGGGUACGAUGACUCCUUUUCGGAAAUUCCAGACGAGUAUCUCGCAGCUGCAGUAACGCCCACCAUGACGAGAGUUGGGGGCCGACUCGAUCAUGAACCGUCCAACCCACACCAAGGUUCAUUUUCCCCAAUCCCAAGAAAUAGCCCAGCAACAAUGGCGCCGGAGCGGCCACAAAGGCAGAUUGAGAAGGAACAGAUGCCUGGACCGGAUUCUUGGCACAAAACAUUUGCUCAUUCUACCAAGGACGGGAUUGACGCUCAUUGGGACGCUCUCCAAGAUAUCCAGAAAACUUCCUUUGCAACACCAAACGCCGCAAGGACGCCGAAUCAAGCCGCCGACCGGAAAUCCGGGCAGGACGAUGUGCGCGGGGACACGGGUCGCCUGACUGACGAGGUUCUCAACCUGUACGAAGACUCGUUUUCUGAGAUCCCUGAGCAGAUCCUCGCCGCGGCUGCCCCGGGUGAGCGAGAAGAGGUGGACAGAAUAGGGGACGAUGAGCUGCGCCAUGAUGCCCCUCGAGUGCAGGAGGGAGUACGCCACCAGCGAGAGAUUCUCCUCCACCAACAGCAGGGCAAGUCCCAGCAUGACGAGCCCCGGCAUGACGGGUCCCAGCAUGAAGAGUCCCAGCAUGACGAGGCGUUAUCGGGGGGGCACAGCGAGCGCGGGCAUGACCAGCAACGGGUGGAAGUGGACAGUCCCUCGGGCCAGCAGAACAGGCAACUUCAGCACCAUCAGGACACCAAUGAUCUUGCCGAGUUGGAGGAACCGCCGGUUCCUUCUGAUGCACAUUCAGCCGUGCUCUCGGACACGGGACGUAUGCCAACGCCAAAUAAUGCGCGUUCAAAAGCUGGAACUGAGGGUCCGGGGGAUGAAUGGCAAAGCUUACACCGAGUCUCUCCCAAACUGGCCUCUCCAGGAAGUCGAGUUGCAAUGGACGAGGGCACCAAACCACCGCCCGAGCUGGAUGAGCCGGAACAGGACGGCGAAGGGUCCGACGCCCACCCCGAGUUGAGCGAGUCGCUGGGAAUAGCAAAGGCUUCAACUCAUUUCGUUGACCAAACCCCGGCGGACCAGAAUUCGUCUCCUCUCCCGGAAUCGCCCUCCCUGCAGCAAGAUGGCUUGCAGGACAAGACCGUUCGGCCAGUUUUUUCUGCCAUCCUGAGGGCCGGACGAAUGCUUCAGAGUAUCACUUCAGAUCCGCCAUCGCCCGAAGGUCGUGAGAAACACCUAGGCAGUCCCUUCAGGAGCUCUGGCAGCAAGGAAUCUUGGAAUGGGUCCAGGGAUAGCCAGAACAGCCGGCGUAGGAGCAGGAGCCCCCAGCGACCGAUGGCCUUUGCGGAACCGGCGACAGCCAGCGACAGGCCUGCGAGCAGGGAGCGAGUUGACGACGCCCCUCAAAGCAUGGGCGAGGGUGCCUUUGCACGUGCGACCAGGAUUGGCGCCGUCGACCGAGCAUCCGAGGACAAGUCGCCAUCUAGGGGUUCGGCAGCUAGCUCUAUGCAUAUCACGCCCCCAAGCGACGGGGCGCUGAGCUGGGUUGUUGAGGAGGGACCGAUCAGCCCCCGACUGCGAGGGGACAGUUCGCUUCAGCAAGCAUAUCGUCACUCCGUUGCGAAGUAUGCCGCGUCUCCUGGCCUCGUCAAUGAUGUGGUUGGCGAAGCGACUAGGACAAACCAGGAGAGCGAGGCCGGUUCGGACGACGGGACGGACAUUUGGGAGUUGGAAGCGCGAAGGGAGACGCCCAAGCAAAUCGCGUCGAAGCAGGAAUCGUCGAUGCUGGGUGGGACGGUGAGUCGAGACGACUUGUCGCGAAUGGCCGCUGGGGGGGAAGGAGAUGAUUUUGGUGACGACCAAGAGAUGCCGCAACAGGAAAUGCCGCAGCAGGGGAUGCCGCAACAGGAGGUGCCGCAGCAGGAGAUGCUGCAACAGGAGAUGCCACAGCAAGAGGCGGCACAGCAAGAUCCGAAACGAACGGCCCAUCGGCAGGAACCCUUUGGAACUCGGGUCCGCCGUGGCGGGCGACCGCUCCCUGGGAACAGGAAAACCAUACCGGAGCCAGCGGGCUCGACAAAGGAUGUCGCCGUGGCCAAGGAGCACCCCUCGACAGGCGACGAGGGGCAUGGGGAUGGGGACGCUCUCGCAUUGCCGCAAGCCAGCGAUGCGGACGAGUUCUCGAUACUGGCCCGCUAUCAACAGAGCGAAGAAGUGGACAAGAAACUGGAAUCAGCCUCGAAGCGCUUCGAGCUGACGAGCUUCUUCUCUUCCCCAGCCAUCAUCCCUGCCAUGAUGGCCAACAAGCCUCCGCCAGCAAACACGAGAGUGACGGCCAAGACGAGCCGGCCAGGCCAACAGUCGCCUAUUCAGGCGGCUUCCUCCUUCAUGCCCACGCGCUCCAUGUUCCCACAAGGGCCGCCGAAGGAUAUUCUUCCGGAAGCAAACACCAGCCGCGAGCUGUUCCCAUCCGCUCGCUCCGGCCCCGACCCGGCAGAGAAGGGGUUGGCGACACCCCUUUUUUCGAAUCCUCGACGCCGGUCGACUUCUCCCAUGGAGGAGAGCAUUGUUACAUCGGUGGAUGUGAUGAGGAAGACCUUUACGCCGCGGCCGCGGCCCCCAAGCCCGUCCUUCUUCCGGGCAUCGACGCAGCAUGCCGUCACGGAAACACCGCCGCGGAUGCAGCUUUCCCAUGCCGACAUUCAUCGGUGGCAGCAAGAGACGUCCAACGCGAGCGACGAGUCGCCUGCCCCUGGCCGUCUGCUUCGACCGUUGCCGCCCAAGAACGCAUCGCCGACGAAAUCAAGCCUGCGCUCGCCGCUGAAGCCCCGCACGCCCGGGCGAGUCGUCGAGUUUACGAGCAGCGUUCUGUCGCCGGCGGAACAAGCCAGGGCGCGGCAGGAGCUCCGCCUGUCCAAUUCAUUGAUCUCGGAGCAGUCGCCAUCGCCAUCACCAGCCAUGCCCGCCCAGUCAGCAGUUUCCUUUUCCGUCCCGUACGACGACGGUGAGGACGACGACGAAGAGGAGGAGGAAGAGGAAGAGCAGGAAGAGGAGCAGCCGGAAGACGAAGAGCAGGAAGAGGAAGAGCAGGAAGAGGAAGGGCAGGAAGCGGAGAGUAGUAGUACGGACCCGGACCCGGGUAGCGGCAGCACCAGCGCCAGCACAGCCAGCGGCGACAACGACGCAGAAAGGACCAAGUCCGCAGGCACCGGUCCUCUCUCGAUGCAAAGGAGUGCCCCUGGACCCCAGAAGCGGUUCCAAACCAACUUGAUGGACCACCACCACCUCUCCCGAACCCGUUGGUCGCGGGACCACUGGCUUCUCCUGAGCGCCUGUCUCCGGCGGCGGCGCAAGGGGCGUUUCGAAGCAGGCCCCAACAGCUUGCUGAGGAGGUACCUCGGCCGAAUGGUCAAGAGUCGAGGCCAGGAAGUUCGGCUCGAGCCGUGGCACAUCGAAUGCAUGGAGGCCUUUGUCAGCGAGAUGGGCGGCUGGAACGAAGCAGAGCUCGCCAAGAGAUUCGUUGCCCUCUUGCUGGGUGAGAGGAGGAGGGCACGGCUUCGGGCCCAGUCUGAGGUUAUGUUUACCUGA